ACUAGUUGGUGGACGUCAUGGCAAGAGCUCUGGUUCAAUCAACUAAUUUCACUUCUUCAGUUGCUAGUGAAAGACAUGGCCAGCUCAGGGGAUCUGGGAAAACAAAAAGGACUGUGAGAAUGUUGUGCAGUUUACAAGGACCUACACUCAGGUCGAGAAGUUUUCCAGGAUUGCGAUCGAAUGCCUUUGGUACUGUUGUAAGACCAAACCUUGGUUUCCAUUCUACGACCUCUAGCCGAUGGCGGGGAAAGGCUAGACGAUUUGUGCCAAAAGCUACGUUGUUUGAGCAUUUCACUGAGAAAGCAAUAAAAGCUAUUGUGCUUGCACAAGAGGAAGCAAGGCUGCUUGGUCACAACUUUGUUGGCCCGGAGCAUUUUUUGUUGGGUCUUAUUGGUGAGGGCACUGGCAUUGCUGCUGAGGUUCUGAAAUCCAUGGGAAUCAAUUUGAAAGAUGCCCGUGUAGAAGUAGAGAAGAUCAUUGGAAGGGGCAGCGGUUUUUUGGCUGUGGAUAUUCCAUUCACUCCUCAAGCAAAGCAUGUAUUGUUACUCUCUCUAGGGGAAGCCAGCCAGUUUGGUCAUAUCUAUGUUGGGUCUGAGCAUUUGCUGCUGGGCUUGCUUCGAGAGGAGGAAGGAGUGGCAGCCCGUCUUCUUGAAAAAUUAGGUGCUGAUCCUGGUAACAUCCGCAAACAAGCCAUUCGAAUGAUUGGAGAAAGUACAGAAGCUGUUGGUGCUGGUGUUGGAGGGGGAUCCAGUAGCAUCAAGAUGCCGCAACUGGAGGAGUUUUUGACUACUUAUACAGAACUGGCAGAGGAGAAGCGUCGGGAGGAGAAUGGAACUAAUUUUACAAAACUGGCAGAGGAGGGUAAAUUGGAUCCAGUUGAGGGUUUCACAGAAAAAGCAAUAAAAGCUAUUACACUUGCACAAGCGGAACCAAAACGGCUUGGUCACAAUUUUGUUGGCACGGAGCAGAUUUUGUUGGGUCUUAUUGGCGAGGGCACUGGCAUUGCUGCUAAGGUUCUGAAAUCAAUGGGAAUCCAUUUGAAAGAUGCUCGUGUAGAAGUGGAGAAGAUCAUUGGAAGGGGCAGCGGUUUUGUGGCUGUGGAGAUUCCAUUCACUCCUCGAGCAAAGCGUGUAUUGGAACUCUCUCAAGUGGAAGCUCGCCAGCUUGGUCAUAACUAUAUUGGGUCUGCGCAUUUGCUUCUGGGCUUGCUUCGAGACAGUAGAGGAUUGGCAGCCCGGGUUCUUGUAAACUUAGGUGCUGAUCCUGGUUACAUCCGCCCACAAGUCAUUCGAAUGAUUGGAGAAAGUGCGGAAGAUUGAUAGGCUUGCGGAACAAUUGAAUGGAAAACGGAACUAAAUUGAGGAGUUAAGGGCGAUAAUUGAAUAUAUCUAAGCGGUUCAAUUUAAAAGGGCUAAGUCGAUCUAUUUGGGAUAGAACCAGUGGUUUGAUCAAGAGAAGCAAUUUCCUAUCAAGCAAUUUUCGGCAGAGUCAAAACAUGGGAGUCCGAUUGUCUUCACCCUCGCGUAAAGAACGCUUGGGAGUGAUAGGGGCAUGGAAUUUGGAUGAUUUACAGUGAUUGCCGAAUCCAAAUUGCUGAAGAAUCACUAGUUUUAUAUUUUAUGAGAAAUUAUUUCGUGUUUUCUUUUUCUAACAUGUAAUCUAAAAACAACCCACUGUGAUGAAAAACAUGUAUGCAUCGACAUCAUCUUCUCCCCUAUCAUAUCUUAUAUCCUUUCGUCUUCCUC